AUGGCAAGACUUGAGGAGAAAGGCACAACUCAUGAGAAAAUUUUCCUAAACUCACAUCUUUGGUAUCCCGUCUUAACGAGUGCUAUCUCAGAUCUAACAAUUGGCGCCCACCGUGGGGCUGGAAACGCUUCUCGCUAUUCAUCUUGUAGGUAUCUAGACUUUUACGAAGAUACAACCAUGAUAAGUCGCUGCACGCUGAAGACAGGGACAAAUCUGUCCCCUCAAGAAGUGGAUCGACUUCGCCGCGAAGAUCUUUUUCGCCGCGAAGAUCUACUUCGCCGCGACGAUCUGCAUCGCCAAGGAUAUGACGAGAGCCCUCCUCCGUCCACACGACGCCGCUCGAAGAAAUCCUCUUCGAGCGACAAGCCUCGCAACCCGAAGAAAUCUUCUUCGAGCGACAAACUCCGCAAACACAUGGAGAGUCUCGUCAAGCCGCUAGCUGAAGGCUUUGAGGCAAUGCAAGCACAGCAGAAGAAGACUCAUGAGCAAGUGGAGGCCUUGGCCCGAGAAGACGACGAGGAACCGUUGGAUCCCGCAGCCGCGACGAUCAACGGAACCACUACUCGCCCAGCACGUUUUGGCCGACGAGCGGCCCUAGAAUUCGAACGAAUGAACCGUCGUCUCGACGAGGUCAAUUCUAAGAUUCAUCGCGCCACUAGCUCAGCCCCGGCGUUGACGAAAGCACUUGCCGAUACCCGGAAGAGCCCGCUCACUCGCGGGCUCCGCCAGAUCGAUCUGCGUGAGAAUUCGACUCAAGAUCGACUCUUACACUGGAGAAGAAGACCCCAAGAAGUGGCUGACAGCGUUCAAUCUCGCCAUGACAAGGGAGAAAAACAAAUCCUACGACGAGAAGGAAGCCAACUACUGUCAAGUAUUCGUCGAACACAUGACGAAGGAUGCCUUGACCUGGUUCUCCAACCUCCCUGCCGAGUCAAUCCAUAA